AUGAUGUAGCUAACGUUGCAAAUCAAUAUGUCCUUGAAUUAUGUACACAAAUACUCAUAUAAUAAGUAGAAGUGCAUAGAUUAAAGGUUUACUUUAAUAAUUAAAAUAUAGAUCAAAUACAUUACUAUCUAUAAAGAGGAUACAUUUAAAUACCUAAGAAUCCAAUAACAAUUAGUGGAAACCUUACAUCAAAUGUAAGCAACUAAACAGCUAUGAUUUACAAUCCUGCCUGACUUGCAAUUCUUAUAAUAAAACCAUCUUUCAGCUUUAUUCCUAAAUUGCAGAUUCUGCAUGCUUGGACAUAAAUAAGAUUCUGAAGUCUGUAAUUUAUUUACAAUUCUAAUAGAUCACACCAUUAAAUUAUAACUAAAAUGAAUCGCUUUGGAAGAGUUCUAGGAUUAAAUAAUAUAUUACCUAAACCAGUGAUUAAUUAACAUAUUGAGAAAUUGGAGUUUGACUUCAGAGUAAGAAAACAUAAUAAGAAAGCAAAUUUAAACAGAAAUUUAUAGGAGCCAAAUGUGAAUACAUUAAAAGUAGCUAUUAGAAAUGCACUUACCUUUACUAUUUAAGAGUAAUUCUUAAUUUUUGAUCAACAUUACUUAUACUUUAUAAAGACAUUUUAUUUAAUUCUAAGUAUUACAAUUAGUUAGAGUCUUGGAUGGGCCUGA